AUGGACAGACGAAAGUAUUGGGAUGAGAACUAUGUUAAGUCCCUCGAGAACCAAGUUCAGGCUUUGCUAGCUCUUCAAAACAGCAGUACCAUCAAUACAAUACCGCAUAUUGUACCAAGACGAUCCGCCAGUACCAUCUUAGACUCGUCUCUUCACCUAGCUCCGCUGGGGAAGUCACACCAAUAUGAACAUUGCGCUCCUUUGAAUUAUGUGGCUGACGAUGAAACUUCUCAUCAGUCUCAAACUGCCAUGGAGGAAUUGAGCGUCAUGAUGUGGAGAACGAAUCUUGCAGAUGCUGUGGCCCCUGAGGAGAAACAAUCAACCAAAAACCCUCCAACAAGGGGGAACAUUCUUCAACCCGAGGCCCCACCUCAAGUACCGCCUCAAAUUCUGAACAUAUGCGGGAAAGUCACUCGUAUUUAUGAGGUCGCUGCUCUGUUCCUCAAAUGCAUCAACGAAGACCAUCAAUUCACGCAGUAUGAAAGUUCGGACUUUUUCCUCCAGUUUCCCAACCAAUCUCCGGAUCGCCUCUUCCUUCAUACAGCUAUGUUAGCGGCUGGAGCAACAUUUGAAAACAAGAAAGACUCCCUCAAGAUUAGCGACGAACUUGCAGAAUUAAGUGAAGCCCUCGUCUUCAAAUGUUUUCGCCAGUCCCCGUCAAUAUACGUUAUUCAAGGUCUGAUUAUCUUAUCAUGGCGUUCCCUCGCCUUGGGCUGUGAUCACUUUGGCUGGACAUUCCUCUCUAUGGCUGCAGGAAUGGCUGUUCACUUGCGGCUUCACGUAUUGGCACUUGAUGAAUUUGACACUAUCUCGAAUACUGGUACCGGACUUGCAGAUGUGCAGACCUUUUGGUCAUUCUACAUGACCGAUAGAACUUCUAUCUCAAUCCUAGGAAGAAACUGCAUGCUACCUUGGCGACGUGUGAAUGUUCCCGCAAUUGAAACUUUCUUCCCUAACGAGGGGACAAGUCUGGCACAGGUAUCUUUUACGUGGCAAUGCAAGCUAUGCUUUUCUUCUACCUUCGAAACACUUACCACAACCGAGCAAGUCAGCCUAUUGAUAGCAACACAUGAAAAUCUCAGCCAUUUUUUCAAGUCACGAGAUCAACGACUCGCAAUAAAGCGAGGCGCAACUGAAAAACCUGUGCUUCUCUUCCAUAUGGCAUACCGAAUGGCGAUUCUAGUAACAAUGCCACCGUUUCUCCGAUUAUUCUCAAAGAUGCGAAACGAGAAUCCAAAUACGUCGCAACUAAUGCCCGUCGUGUUACAAUCUCUCACGGCGGCAGCAACAGCGAUGGUCAGACUUGUCUCAGAUUAUUACAAAAUCUACGGCUUUCAAAAAUCCAAUCCGCUCCUCAUUCACCAUCUAUUGAGUGCGUGUAUUGUCCAUUUGAUGAAUACAACUACCAAAUCAUUCACCCUACGGCGAUUUAGUACACGUUCAGUUCGCAAGUGUCUCGCUCUUCUCGCUGGAAUAAAAAUCUUUUGGCCCUCUCGCUCGCAGAAGAGUGUUGAUUUGAUAAAGGUCCUAGCCCGAAGAUGGGAUGUUGAAUUUGCCUUGCCGGAGGAUACCAACUUAAUUCUCGAGAUGGGAUUCACUAGCGAUUUUGAUCCUCCGGGCAAAAGGCAGUCUCAUCAAGAUUUUCCAGAAAAAGGCACUGGAUCAAAUGUGUCUCUUUAUGACACUUCAGAAAAUACAAUGGGCCCAUUUGACUCUCUUUUCGAGGAAGAGAAUGAUCGCGCAUUAAAAGACCUCUUAUACGGCGAAGACGGCCAAAAUGUCUUUCCUAUGAACAAUUCGCUUCUCGAUCAUGGAUGUCCGGAUAUGUUUCCGAUGUUUCAAGAUUUUGGGCACUUUGGGGACAAUCUUGUUGAUUUGCCAUAA